AUGUUGUCUGACGCAGAUUCUGAGACUAGUAUUGACUCACGCUCCUCUGGCUUCAAUGAUGGAGCCGACACUAUCAUCUUGAUGAACACUGAAAGUGCAGGCAAGGAUGACCAUCACUCCAGCGUUGGGGAACUCCACUCCACAAAGUCACAAGGACUCCUGCCCUGGUCCUGGUCAGCCACAUGGGCAAGGUGGUCCGGUGUAUUCCUGUGGGUGCUAUACAUAUACUCAUAUCCUGGCCAAGUAACUCACAGACUGGCUAAAACAGAACAUCUAGCACCCCAAGGAAAUGACCCGAAGGACCGCUGGCAGGCUUGGUUCGCCAACUUUGACUCAGACUCAGACUCGGAUAUCGAGAUUUUGCUGGAACAUCCGAGCCUAAAGCGAAAGAGGUCACAGGACAACUUCAGUGAUGGUCGGGACGUUACCAACGGGCAGAAACAAACUCGGAAACCCAUCUUGGAUGAGCUCAGAAAGAGAUUUGAAAAGCUAGCUAUUAAAGUUGUGGAUUAUAAGAAGUGCGGGAUGAAUAAUGUGGAUGAUGCAGAUGAAUUAUCUAUCGCGCCAGAAGAAAAAAGGGUGAAGCUCGAUGUCAACAAAUGA